AUGGCAUCUGUGAACAAGAGCAUCGAUGUGAAAAAAACCAGACUGAGCAAAAAGCUCCUGGAGGAGAUCAACGAGAAGCGUGAGUCCUACUGUCUGGUGGAGAGGAGCAAUCAAGUCAGCUUCCUGCGAGUCCAGAAGCGACACUUCAGCCAGGCCUACCAGUCCUCGGCUAGUGAGCGUGUCAAAGAGUCUGUUCCUGAAAGUGGCAGGACCUCCUGGGUCAAAGGGCCUCUCUUUGUUCACAAGGAGAGAAAGCACUUUGCAUCCAAAAUUCCAGAGGGUGAGAGUCCAUAUGUCAGGGUGGAGGUGGCAGGCAAGGAGCAGGAUGCUUACAUCUUGAACCUGGACCACAACGCUGAGCACUAUCUGAAGGGAGAGUGA